AUGCCGACGAAUAAAGACUUCACCUGUGAUUUGUACAUCGACGGAUCAAAGGCGACAGAACAUAAUAUUGCCACUGACAAUGACACGUGCACGGCUUGGAUAGUUGCUGAAGAAGGCAAAACCUACCGCCUGAAGAUUGACGCAUCUGGUACAAAAGCUUCUCAGUACAAGGUGCAUUUUCGCGCCGAUGGAGUAUCUCUACGCCAGCUUUAUCUUACCCGUUCUGAUGCCAUGUGGAUUAGCACUAUCGAGGUCGAAAGAACCGCUGAUGGUAGUACCGUGACAUGUCCACUGUUGUUCCAAAAUUUGAAUGUUGAGGAAAAUGAUUCAAAGAAAAUUGAAGCUCGAGAGGAAGUCAUCGGGAAUAUCGGAAAAUUAGAGUUAUCAAUCUGGAGAGUGACAAUAUCUGACAUAAAAUCAGGUUUUCAAGAAUAUGAAUACAAGUUAGAAGCGGCGAAAGUCAUUAAGGAGAAACUCCUCAAGGGGCAAGCCGUGUCUCAUUGUACCAACUUCGGCGAAAGAACUACGGAGCCGCCCAAGAAGCAUCUUUAUUGCGGCUCGCUUCUGCAGGCACAAGGGUACAUCCCAAGAACUCCAUCACCAGAGUUGAUUGAUGAAGAUCUGUCAGAUUUGACCCAGGAAGAACUCAGGCGGGAGGUCAUGCGUUUGAGGGAACAAAACGCCGAUAUAAAGCGCGAGGUCAAGCAAGAGCACGACUCACAGACCCCCGGAAAGGCCAAAAAUAAUGAGUCGACAUAUAUCGACUUAACCGGAGAUGAUGAUUGA